AGCGCCGCCGCCGGGUCUCGAGGGGCGCGGGGCUCCCGUCCCGGUGUCUCCAGCCCGGUGUCCCCAGCCCGGUGCAGGCGAUGUGCGGCUUCCAGAGACACGUGAGAGCGAACCCAGAAAGGAGACACUGAUGGGGAGAGCGCAACGUGAGAGGUAAAAUGAAAAACCAGCCUUUUGAGAGUAGCUGCUUGGGGCUGUGAGAAACCAAGAGCCUGGAGGCUUGCUGCUCAGCUCCUGCAGGUUCUCAUCUGAGGCAUCGGGUCAGCCUUGCAGCAAGCGUGUGCUGAGGUGUGGGUUCUGCAGACAAGUAUGGAAGUGCUACGUCGUUCCUCAGUCUUUGCUGCAGAGGUGAUGGAGGUUUUUGACAGGUCUCCCACCGACAAGGAGCUUGUGUCUCAGGCCAAGGCUCUCUGCAGAGACUACAUCAAUUCGAGGCUGAUUCGAGCCGGUGUCAGCUGGAGCAAACCUGAGCACAACGUGCCGGUGCCCGGCGGGAAGCUGGCCGAGGUGUCCACCAUACUGCUGCGACUAGGGGACGAGCUCGAAUACAUUCGCCCCAACGUCUAUCGGAAUAUUGCCCGCCAAUUGAACAUUUCACUGCACUCGGAGACGGUGGUGACGGACGCCUUCCUGGCAGUCGCCGCACAGAUUUUCACUGCAGGCAUAACAUGGGGCAAGGUGGUGUCUCUCUACGCCGUGGCGGCUGGGCUGGCGGUGGACUGUGUGCGGCACGCACAGCCAGCCAUGGUUCACACCAUCGUGGACUGCCUGGGAGAGUUUGUCCGCAAGACCUUGGUGACAUGGCUGAAAAGAAGAGGAGGCUGGACAUCACAAAGUGUGUGGUGAAUACCGACCCCAGCCUUCGCUCCCACUGGCUCGUGGCUGCUCUCUGCAGCUUUGGUCACUUCCUCAAGGCGAUCUUCUUCGUCCUGCUGCCUGAGAGAUGAAGCUGAGUUGCCGACUGCAGUCCCCUACCCCGUCUCCUCCCCCGCUCCAGAAGCAGUGGUAACGGCAAUCUCUGAAGAGGAGGAAGAGAAGAUCUGGGAUGAAGCAUAGGCUUGUUCUCCUCUCCCUUUGGCCGGGAGCAGAUGAUCAACCGAUCUGCUUUUUGCAGCCCCAGGAGCUUCUCUCACCAUUCAUCCUCUCCAGAGUCUCAUUUCCCUGGGUGACGUGUGUGGGGGCUGGAUGUGUCCUGUCUCUGGGUACGCUGAUCGCAGCUGUGCGCAGCGUGGGCUGCGAGGCAUCCGUUCCCGAUGGUUGUGUUGCAUGCUUAUCCUAGUGCCAGGUAGAGGGGAAGAGGAAGGGAGUAUUAUUUGAAAUGGGGUAGAAAAUCUGAGUCCCCUUUCAGUCCUCCAACUCACCCUGGCAUUGGUCCUUUGUUACAUUUGUGCUUGAGUUCCACCUCCUCGUUUCUACCUAACCCUGACUUGCUGGGCUCUGCGCACAGCGUGGUGGAGGGGGUAGUGCAACUGUGGGGUUUUAAUGUGGUAAAACCAAAGGGACUGUUGUCAGAUGCUUCUCCCUGACAUAUCUUAGACAUCAGACCGAACGUCUGAGGGGGCAGGACUUGAGGGCAGUCGCAUGGGAUGCAGUUUGCACAUGUGUUUCAUUGACUCCUCUUACUGUGCUCGCACGCCGUUUCAAACAGGAGAGCGAGGGGUCAUGCCUGCAAGCAACAACCCGGGAUUGAAUUUCAUAAUGGAGCAAAAUGUUUUCUCCACUGAGAAUUAGAGCGAAGCCUGGAAGCAGGAAAGGCUGGGGAGCAUGGGCAGGAAUUGGGGAAACAGUAAGUGAGGUGUCUGGUGUUAUGAAGGGGGAAAGCUGUGUCCAGAGUAGAUGAUUUACGUUUCUCCUUUCAUGUUUUCUGAACUAGAACUCACAGUCGUCUUCGUGGCAAACAAUAAAAGAAAAUAGGUGGUGUUUCACUAUUGCAAAGGGUAUUGUGUUUGUUUCCAGAGUUAAAAAUUCCAAAAAAGGCCAGAACGGCACUGAGAUGGAUACUCUGGCAAUGCUAAAAAUACUUCAGCUUUUCCCCUGGUGGAACGUGUUAACGUGUUAAAACUACAACUCCCCCGGUUCCUGCUAGGAAUUUAACCCCUGUUCUUGCUGUGUUGGAAACACACUGUUUUCACUGCAGAAGUGAAGUCUUGCUGCUGGUGGCAGCCGUGGAGCCUUUUCUCUGUCAGAGCUUCGCAGGAGCCACCCUGCUCGAUGCCUCACUCCCGAGAGCCUGGCGUCGAGAAGAAACACUGUUCUCAAUUAAGAACACGUGGCACCACAGGAGGUUUUGCUGGCUGAUUUUUCUUGUCCUGCUUUCCCUCCCCUCCCCUGUGUGUAGAGGGACUUUACCGUUUCCAUGC